CUUAAAAAAAAACUUUAUACUAAUAUUUGAGAGUAAAAAAGAAAUAUUUUAACUAGUUAAUAAAACCCCAUAAAAUACAAAUAACCAUGAAGGCACAAAACUUGUGCCCUGUGUCACACAGUCUCUCUUUCAAUUUACGUCUCUUUCUAACUUUAAUGGAGAUUACGAAACCCUUUAAAAUCCCCAUAAAUAAUUAUCAUAGAAUCUCCAUUUUUAUCUCUUUUCUCUCAAUUCAACCCAAAAUUUGCUGCUUUUUUUAACUAACUAUAAGUUACCGAUUCUCAAAUUUUGGUGAAGAUUUUUCUCUGUGAUCAAGUAAAAAGGAAUAAACUUUCUGGGUAAUAUGUGAAGUUCAGAUGUAUCUUCCUUUUGCACAGAAUACAGGAGGACUUGCAGUGAUCAUCUAGCUUAGUUUGUUUCAGGAGGGCUGUUUAUCUGGCGGUUUUUCGGUCAAGAUAAACAGCUCUUAAGUGGGAAUAGGAGGUAAGGUCGCACUAGCAUCGACUUGAUUCCGAUUUCUAACAAUGACUUCUUCGAGUAAGGGUGAUAAGAAAGCUACUCUAGAUGCGGGAGCAUGGUUGUUUAAUAUCGUCACUUCGGUGGGGAUCAUCAUUGUUAACAAGGCCUUGAUGGCUAGAUAUGGUUUUACUUUUGCUACGACUUUGACCGGUCUCCAUUUCUUAACCACCACUUUGAUGACAUCUACGUUUCGUUGGCUGGGUUAUAUUCAGCCAUCACAGCUUCCAUUUUCAGACAUUCUGAUGUUUGUUAUUUUUGCAAACUUUUCCAUUGUCGGAAUGAAUGUGAGCCUGAUGUGGAAUUCUGUGGGGUUUUAUCAGAUUGCAAAGUUGAGUAUGAUUCCGGUAUCUUGUUUCCUUGAAGUUGUUCUAGACAAAGUGCGAUACUCUCGUGAUACCAAGCUUAGCAUUGUGUUAGUCCUGUUAGGGGUCGGAGUUUGCACUGUUACAGAUGUAAGUGUCAAUGCCAAGGGCUUCAUUUCUGCUUUUGUGGCUGUUUGGAGUACUUCUCUGCAACAAUAUUAUGUACAUCAUCUACAACGCAAGUAUUCUAUUGGUUCGUUCAACCUAUUGGGUCGUACCGCUCCAGUGCAGGCUGCUUCACUGCUUAUUGUUGGGCCUUUUCUCGAUUAUUGUUUGACUGGCCAAAGAGUUGAUGCUUACGCCUACACUUCAAUCUCUGUCUUCUUUAUACUACUCUCCUGUAUAAUUGCGAUAGGCACCAAUCUCAGCCAGUUCAUCUGCAUCGGUAGAUUCUCAGCUGUAACCUUCCAGGUUCUUGGUCACAUGAAGACUAUUUUCGUGUUGAUCAUGGGAUUCGCUUUCUUCGGGAAAGAGGGUCUCAACUGGCAUGUCGUUUUGGGUAUGAUUAUUGCUAUUCUUGGAAUGAUGUGGUAUGGAAAUGCGUCAUCAAAACCCGGAGGAAAAGAGCGCUGGUCGCCUCCAGUCUCUGAUGUUGAGUCACAAGACGAUCUCGACAAGUUGCUUGGGGCUGAAUCCAAUAUGUCAAAUGGAAAAGCAUAGAGAUCUUUACUUGUGGCGUGCUAAAGAAAAUGGAUGAUGAGGAACAUUAGUCUUUCAGAAUUUUUUCUUCCAUUUUCUACAUUUUAAUGGAUAUAGUUCUUAAUUUAUUUUUUCUUACCUACAUAUAGAUUGAAGAUCAAAUAUAUAGUUCGAAUACAUCCAUUGUUUUUCAUCGUUAGCAAGUGAAGAUUUACUCCAUUGUUAUUCGUUAUUUAUUUUUGAAGUGUAGUUGAAUAUAUUUAAAUUUGGUAUAGGACUAAAAGUUUGUAAUUUUUUUUGUUUCAGAUUAUAAUAAAUGUUGGCUUAUGAAA